AUGCGAAAUCUAAGCGGGCUGUUAUUCGGUUUGAUUGGUACUGUUAUUCGAAUUCUGGAAGAAUGGAGUGUUGCGGAGGUGACAAUAAAGCGAAGACGUUGUGCUUCAACAUCUUCAUCGUCAUCAUCAUCAUCGUCCGGCGAUGAUGUUGUUUCACUGGAUAGUGACGUGGAAGGUGGUGGUGGUGGUGUGGUGGUAGCCGAAGGCACACUGCGCCGUUUGGACCAUAUAAAAAAAGAAAAACCAUUGGCACGUGGAGCGUUACGCUGGAUUCACUCACAUAUUUCGGGAGAAAAUGGACGUUUUCGGAUUGGUCAGGCACGCCAACCGAUGAAAUGUGCGGAGCAGCUAGCGGCAAGAAUGCCUACAGCAUGCACAGUGAUUGCUACUGUGCUAACGAUGAGCGACGUGGUCGAGGAACCGACCAACAAAGGUAUGGAAAAGUUUAAAGACAGCGAUGAGCGGUAG